AAUAGAAGCCCAGCCUCUCAGUCACAUUCCAUACCCUCGAAUUCCAGCAGGGAGGGUAGGAUAUUGAGGCCUUCAUGCAUUCAGGAUCCACGCAAUGGGGUAAUAGGAUCCUGAACACUCUUUUCUGCCAGUGAAUGUGAAACGAAGAUCCAGGAAUCUCUACAUCUACAAGAAUAAGAAGGAAAUUUGAGCAGCUUAAGAGUGGUGAAAGACAGCAUUUUCCUACCUGUAUCAAGAACCCCAGCCUCACCAGCAGAGAAGCCCCUCACAAAAGUCAUCUGGAUUUACUAUCAGCAGUGUUGUGAGCUUACUCAGAAGAACAACUUUUGGCAGAAAGUAUUCUAGAGUUUUCUUCAAAGGUCAAGCCAUACAAGGAAGAACUGUAGAAGUUGUGUAUUUUGUAUUUAAAACUGUGGUCCGAAACAACUGUAUUAUUUCCUCAAGAGGAAAAAAAAUCCUUGGAAAUUAAAGAGAAGACAGAAUAAUUUCAAAUGGUUACUUCUUCCUCAAUCUCACCUGUACCUCAAUCUUGAGUCCCUUAUAGUUUUGGGGAAUUAACAGCAAAGUUACAAGUACUACUGCAUAGUAUUUUAUUUAGGUGCCAACUGUUUAUGGCAUCUAGUCUCUAACAGUUGCUAAAUCAUUUUCAUAAGAAAACUGCUUAAAGAAAGCCUUCUAUAUCAGUACAACAUGGUGCCAUUUGAAUAUUAUGAUCAAUACUUUCUACCAUUAAAUCACUCUUACCACCUGGCCAAAACCAAUUCAUUAACACAUCAACACAAUGCUAAAAAAUUAAAUCAACUCAGUAACCAACCUGUGUCCAAAGUGCAAUCCUAUAGAAAUAGUCUUGCAACAUCUUCUUUAAACUAUAACCAAGCAGUCCAGAGCUGUUCAGGAUUGCCUUCUCCUAAGUCUCAAGGAAAAAUUUCACAGGGCCUCAAUAACAGGGCUACAAAAUCAAGGUUAUCCCUCUCUAAAUGUUCAGUCAAUCCUACACAAUACCCCUGGAGAAAUUCAUUGCAUCCUACUGAGAAAGCCUUGAACUCAAACUUAGCACACUGUAAACCACAGACAACAUCUUCAUCUGACCUUAACAAGACAUCAUCAUCAUUGGAGCCAAGUCAGACAAGCCUGAGCUCGCAAUUACCCCUCCCCAAAUUUCAGACUACAUCUUCAAACCUAGACUUUCACUGGACGUCACCUUUACUACAGUCUAAACAAAAAGUUUCUCAUUCAUUAUCUCAUCUUCAGCACCAAGAAACACCUCUGCUAAAUAUCAUGUGGGCGUCUUCUUUGAGACCCAGUCUGAAAGCAAAUACAUCAUUAGUUCAACCCAAACCUCAGAAAACAUCUCCACUGGAUUGUUUUUGGACAUCAUUAUUGGUUCACAAUCAAAGAUCUUUGAGCUCACCAUCACUUGAUACCAAACCUCAAACAAACAACCUUCUUCAGACAUCUCAUUCAUUUGAGUUCAUUCCUAUGGCUUUAAAUUCACCAGUGGAGGAAUCUAGACCUCCAAAAGAGCCUAUAUUGCUCUCUAACCCCAGCAUUCUGAGUUUACCAUAUUCUCAUGUAAAAUCGAGGAAAUCACCUUUAUUGCACUCUGCCCACAGAUCUCAGAGUUUAUCAGUGUUCAAGCCCAAAUCUCAGGCAGUGCUUACACUUGUUCCUGACUUCCAGACCCUCAGCUCACCCCUCUGUCACUCCAAGUUUCAGAAAACCACUUCACCAAAUGACGAAGACAGAGCCACAGAACUGCUACCAUCUCAUCUUCAACCAAAUGCUCCAGUCGAGGCAUUAUCAAGCACCAAACACUGCAUCAAGAGGACAGCUGCUUCUACAUGGGACUCCAGACUCCAGAGUAAGAGCAGUUUUGAUUUUAGUGCAAGGACAGAAUCCGAUAAAGCAAUUCCAUGGAUUUUGGAUUAUGGUCACCCCUGCAUUGUGAGAGGUGGAAAUAUCCCCGACCAUGUUGUAACCAAAAUCAUCAAUUCUCUCUCCAAGACCAGAAUCCAACAGGAUCUCUCUAGACAGAUUCUCUUUCGAAGAAUGAGGGGAAGGCCAAAUCCUCGUCCUGGUCCUCGCCUUUCAUCAGCUUACACAGUUUGUUUAUCUUGUGCUUCCUGCAUAAAAUCUCCAUGUAACCAUCUCAGAGGAAAGAAAGAUCCUCGUUGUGGAACACUGUUUGUCAUACCAACACCUGAGGCCAAUUCUGAGGGGAAAAUAGAGGUGAAAUUACUUCUUGUCCUUACUCUACCAGAGACUUCCUUCUCCCCCACACCCCUCUUUGUGAAAGGACACCAGCUUGAAGAUGUUCCCAAUGACAACCUGGAAGAAAUGGAGAGGAUAUCACAGUUUUUCCCUACAUCUGGAUCUGGUACCUUCCAAGUGCUCAGAAUGAAGAAAACAGGGUUGGCAACAUCCACUGAAAACAGAGUUAUGAGCAACUAUGGAUCCUCAUCCAAUGCAGAUGGUCAUCGUGGUCUGUCUCCCCUCUGAUCCUGCAGACCUACGUAAUAAAUCCCCU